GCAAAAGUGCCCCCUUCUCCCUACCUGCCGGACUUCCCCACAGCAGGUGCUCCCCAACGAGAACACCACCAUCGCUACCGCUCUCUCCCUCGACACGAGUUCUCUGGCGUCUCGCUCCGUCUCCGAGGCAUCGACUGGCCCAUGGACAGCGCCGGCGGUCCACUGCCGGUUUCCGGCGAUCGCGCGGUACCGGACCAGGAUGACAAUGCCCAAAGUGCAGCUGGGCACAAUUCGCGAAGGCCAAACCUUUCUUUGCAAAUACCAGUUAGGACACUGGAGAACCAUAUACCUACUUCGACAAGAAUUAAUAUAUCCCCCAGCCCCAGUUCGAUGAGAACUGGAUUGCCACCUAGGCCUAAUUCAGCUAGACCAAAAUCAUCUAUCAAGAACAUCACCCCACAGCGGAGUUUCAGGUUAAGGAGUUCAACACAGGAAGGUGAUCGGACUAACCUUCUAGUUCCUGGGACAGCAUCAGAAGGGUCACAGGAUAAUCCAACUGCACCAAGUUCCUUUUCUUUUAGAAAGGUCAUUAAUUCGUUAUCAGCAAAACGGACGUAUUCUUUGCCGGUCACACCUGUAGCAACUUCAGAGAAAGCUUCUUCUCCAGGAAUUCAGAUAGACAACAAGCCAACGACAUCUAAUGAAGAAGUUCAAACACAAAUUAGGCGAUCACUUUCAGUGCCAGGAAAUCGCAAAAACCGGAGUUUGAGGAGAGCAGAUUCAUUAGGUGUCAUCCGUGUGAUUCCAACAACCCCACGACCUGUUCCAGCUGAUAUGACUGCAUUACAUGAUGGCGUUGAAGAAACAGUAGAAGCUCCUGGAGACGGAGGUGAAGAUAUUCCUGAAGAAGAGGCAGUCUGCAGAAUUUGUCUAAUUGAACUCAACGAAGGAGGGGAAACACUUAAAAUGGAGUGCAGCUGCAAGGGAGAACUUGCCCUUGCACACCAAGACUGUGCUGUCAAAUGGUUUAGCAUCAAAGGAAACAAGAUAUGUGAUGUAUGCAGACAAGAAGUUCAGAAUCUGCCUGUGACAUUGUUGAGAAUACCGACUCAAACUGUUAACAGACGACUAGUAAAUGGUGGUGCUCAGCAAAGAGUAGCUCAACAGUACAGAUUUUGGCAAGACAUUCCAAUUUUGGUGAUGGUUAGCAUGCUUGCAUACUUCUGUUUCUUAGAACAACUUCUGGUUACUGAUAUGAGGGCACAUGCACUGGCGAUUUCGUUGCCUUUCUCAUGUGUGCUGGGCCUCCUUUCUUCCAUGAUAGCAUCCACUAUGGUGACCAAAAGCUAUCUAUGGGCGUAUGCUUCCUUCCAGUUUGCAAUUGUGAUUCUGUUUGCUCAUAUAUUCUACAACGUGCUAAGAGUGAAUCCAGUCCUUGCGGUCCUACUCUCCUCAUUCACUGGGUUUGGGAUUGCUAUCAGCACAAACUCACUGCUAGUAGAAUACUUGAGGUGGCGAUCUAGGAGGAGGAGCCAACAGUUAGCUCAGCAUGCGAAUGCAGGCCAGCGUCCAGAAUCUGCUAACAAUGCUGUAAAUGAAAACAGUGGUGAUAGACAAGGGCAUCAUCCAGAAUCUGGCAACAACGCUGUAUGAUCAUCCAGAUCAAGACUUGCAACCAAUGAGUGUGACUAGCUUUGAUAUUGAUAGCUUGUCGGACUUCAGAAUUGCAAUCGGAAGAUUAGAAACAUGGGAGCAUCUUCCUGGCAUCUGCAUUGGAGGUGACAUGCCACCUAGAGGUUGCCCAUGGAUAUAGUUAGUAUAGCAGUUUGGCAUCAAAUAUGUUGUUUCUUCAGUGUAAGCUUAACAGAUCUGAACCUAUAAAAGCGAGUGCGGCUAGUUGUUGUGAUUUAGUAGGCAUAUAGGUAAAUGAAAUAUAGGGCCACAGCAGUGAGAGCUCCUUAGCUUGCACAUGAGAAGUUUCUGCAAACGAAUUUUCGGAGUGCGAGAUAUUUUAAUACAAAUUUGUUGGUUUGUGACAUAGUUGUCUGAACUCAGAGCCCAGUAUUGUGUGUCAACAGAAAAUUAUGUGUGCAAUGUUCAUCUGUGUUCAAUUUGUUCAUUGA